AUGGCACAGUCACAGUGGAGUGUGAAGGAUGUCUGCUGUGAGAUGCGGGAUUGCAAAGCCUUGCUUGAAGCACGGCAGGGAACAUCCCCGCGCUCAGACUUCUUGGAAAGGAUCAAGGACACAAUCGGCUUCAAGCUUCGCUCCUUGCCGCAGCUCUCAGCUGCUGAAGCUUUGGAGCUGCACAAGGUCUUGGGAGAAGUCGACUUCCCAGAGCCGGUGGCUGCUGCUCUCAGCCAGCAAAUCGACGGGAAGCUGCUUCAAAAGACGGAGCAGACAACGAUUGUUUCCUUGAAGCAGCAGUCCCUCACGAACAUGCAUCUGUUCUUGACUGCCCAAGACUGGGCACUUCUUGAAGGAGAUGGUGCAGAUUGGUGGGCCAAGCAAGAGUGCAUCGUUGGGCGAUUGAAAAAGCUUGGUGUAAAGUCUCUGGCUGAAAGCACAGUGCGAAGCUGUGUUUCCAUUCUGCUCUCGACUGUGACUGUGUUGCCACACCCAGACGACCAGCAUGCAGCCGUGCUGGAGUUCAAAGGCUGCUUUCACAGCACGGAGAACGUGGAUGGCCUACCGUACCUUGUGCGGUUCCCGGAGCAGCCGAGUGGCUUGCCUCCUGCUUUGCUGCAAAGCGCCUACACGGAGGCAGACCCUCCAGUGGCAAAAAGCAUUGCAAGGCUGGCUUACAUUGCCAAGGCCCUUCCUGUCAGGGAUACCCACAACUCCCUGUCCGCGAAUCUGGGCAAGAGCAAGAAGAGGCCGCUUGCUACCCCGCAGCAAAGCCCGGUAGCUUCAACAGCCUUGUCUGCUUCGCCUUCGUGGCAGCGGGGCACCGGUGGCAGCAACUGGACAGCUUCAGAAGCUUCGAGCCCAAUGCAAGGCUUCAUGGGCAUGUGCAAUGAAAUGGUCAAGUGCAUGCAGAGCUUCCAAGCUGUCCAACUGCAGAUGACUAGUCGCCAGAAUCCUUCUCAGUGCUUCCAGCAGCAGGCCGAGCAGUUCCAGCCGAAGCCAAAAGAGCUCACAACUGGAGCGGCAGCACCUUUGCAGCUUUCCGCCUGCAACGAGGUCGGACAAGGCACUCCCGUGACACAGCCUCAAGUUGGCUUUCCUACAGCGAAGCUUGCUUUGCCACCCCCAGAAAACAGCCCUGCAGAGCCAACAGCUGCAGAAGCGGAGGCUCGCAACCCCGAGCCAGAAGGACUGUCGCCGGAAGAGCAGCUCUUCGAGUCUCUGAAGGCAAAGCAAGCCAAGGCCAAGGCCAAAGCCAAGUGCAGUGCCAAGCCCAAGGCGAAAGGGAAAGUCUUCAAGAGACCACAAGCAGCUCCACGUGCUUUGGCUGGCGGCCCCAAACUGCCGAAGUACGUCCCAGAAGCUCCCAGUGCUCAGCAGCUCAGUUCUCGACGAGCAUGCUUUGUGGACAAGCACUACCACAAGGCAAAGAACAUCGCCUUGAAGGCUGGUGUUGGCCAAGACCGAGCAUAUGAGUAUGCGAGGACUGCAAGAGCAAAGGCUGCUGAGCUGUGGGACUCUCGCAAGUGUUAA